AUGGACGAUUCUUCUGACCGCGAGCAAUCCGAGAGCCAAGGAUCGAGUCGUGGGCGCCACAGCAAUGCGAGAGAUGCCAGCCGCAACAACUCCAGGGGCCGUGGCAGCGACCGACUCGCAGUCCCAGCCCCUGAAGAGACCCGUUCACCAGAAAGUAUUCGUAACGAGGACCGAUACUUCUUCCCCAGCGACAGUACUAGCCCCAGUCGUACCACCAGAAGUGCCAGCCAGAACCGUUUGGGCGACAAUGCGAGCACCCCAGCUCUUCCCCAAGAAGCUCACAGCACGUACGGCGUGACGACCGGCGAGAAGAUGGCGGCCAAGAUCAUGGCGUCGAAAGUCGCCGUGGAUGGUGCUCCAAGUCCUAACAUGGCCUUGAUCACUGCGCUGAAUCCCGGCGUCGACGACCUGGCUGCCGCAAUCGAGUUCGCGGGCGAGGUGAUAGUCGACAACUGCAGUCGCCUUCAGGAAGUCGGGGACGGCCACACAGGGGCGGCCGUUUACUUGGGCAUCUGGGUGCCGAUAACUUCGGAUGGCGCAGACCGGAUCAAGGAGGCACCUGAGUCCCUUCUCCGGUACACGCUUCACACGUGCCUGCAAGCGGUUGAGGAAGUGCAUAACUGGGCCAACAUCGGAAGCGGAGGUAUCAUGACUCAAGAGCGCAUUGAAGCCGCUCAAGCUGAUUUCCGUCGAACCCAGGGGGUUGCACCUAAUGCGCUGAACACCCAUGUGCACCCAGAAAUCGGGUUCAAUAAUAGGAAGGAGUUCAAUUAUAGGAAGGAACAUAACCUCUCUGUGACCGAGGAUGAUGAUGAGGAGGGUUCCGAGAAUGGCUUGAUCACUUGGCAGAAGUGA